AUGCUUACUACUAUUCUAGCAAAAAUUAACAUUGAGGCAUGGAAGUCUAUCAGAUCAAAGAAAACACCAUCAAAUAAGACGAAAAUAGAGAAAAUCGUUAAGGUUGUCACAGACGACCGAACAGCACUGGAGUGUCUUCAACAACAUUACCCAGAAUUGCUUGAAAGUGAUGAGAGACAACAGAUAUCAAAAAGUUCCAAGAAACAAAGCCGAACGGAUGAUGUCAAUACUUGUGGAAGGAAAAAGGCAAAGCAAUCAACCAAUCUUCCUUUUCUCGGAAACUCUCAAAAUGUAAGCGUUGCAAUGCAAUCUCCUCCUGUCAUACCAAUUACUAUUCCCUCUGUGAUAAAUAUGAUCACAACAAGUCAACCACAACGAGCUCCGAGUUACAGCAACUAUUUGCAUUACAGGCAACCAAGUGUUUCACAAAAUGCAACUCAGGAUCAACCCUCGCAAUUUAACUCUUCUUCACCCUGUGGAAAUUCAUCCGAAAUUUUAAUGGAAGGCGCUGUUGAUCAAGUUUUUCAAUCAUCGGAACACACAAUUGGCACAAUCGGAAGGUCAUCCCAACCGGUGAUGGAUUUUCUUCAAUCAAUGCAAUCAAAUGUGAUAUUUAAUUCUCAACGUUUAACACAUCCAUAUAAUACUCACACCCAAACACAACAUCAAAACGGAGUGGUGAGAAACGACGACGCUGCACCAAAACGGAGUGGUAAGAAAGCAAACCAACAGCUGUUCGCUCAGUUGGCGAUAAACAAUACAAUCAGAUAA